AUGUCUAGUGAAGUUUCUAUAUGGUUGCGGGUGGAUAUUAAGAAAUUCAGGAUUACACAUGAAUAAAAGAUUAAGAGACCACACGUAGUACUCAAUGCAUGCUGUCUGAAACCUCCAAGGCAAAGUGCAGGGUGUGAUUGCCGCGUUUCAGACGGUUGGUAGCAUCCAGCUAACGAAGUAGCUGUCAAGUAACUCCGUAGCCAACCUCAGUCAUAUUUCAGUGGUGUAGAAAUAACUUUAACUCUGCAGCGAAGAUGGUGACCGCCGGAGGCAGUGUGCUCCUCAGGGCUGCUGGCACACUACUGCCACGAGCAAGCUGGAGUCGAGGAUUUAUAGGGUGUCCAUGCAGGAACAUUUCUGUGAAACCAGGAGGCCUGAAACCAAAGACUGUUCCUCCUCGAUACCUUGGCCAGCCAAGCCCUUUCACUCAUCCGCACCUCAUCAAACAUGGUGAGGUGACACCUGGCCUGAGCCAAACCGAAUAUGAACUCCGCCGCCAGAGACUGGCCUCACUCAUCGAGGCUCAGUCGGACAAGCUUGGACCGUCUGGCUCCUCUAGCACUCACGUGCUUAUCAUUUUGUCCCACCCGACCCGCUACAUGACUAACGACAUACCUUAUCCUUUCCAUCAGAACCAGGACUUCCUGUACCUCUCUGGCAUCUUGGAGCCCGACAGUGCUUUGGUUCUGUAUGGGAAAGGGCGACCAGACCAGGCCAUCUUGUUUGUUCCCCGCAGAGACCCAGGCAGGGAGCUUUGGGAUGGACCGCGAUCAGGGAAGGAUGGUGCUGCUGCUUUGACGGGCAUUGAGAGGGUUCAUAGCACGGAAGAACUUGGAGUGGUGCUCAAAAGCCUUAAAGGUUCUAUGCUGUGGUAUGAUAGUUUUCAUCCGUCUCACCCUCGACUCCACCAAGCGCAUGUCAUUCCCGUCCUGGAGGCGGGGCCAAUGGCACGCCCCGUAAGUCCCCUCAUUCAUUCACUCAGGGUUCUGAAGAGUUCAUCGGAGGUGGCCCUCAUGCAGGAAGCAGGUCGCAUCACAGCGCAGGCUUUUCGGCGGACAAUGGCUCUAUCUCAUGGAGACAUGGAUGAAUCUGUGCUCUUUGCUAAGUUUGAUUUUGAGAACCGAAUCCAUGGCGCUAAUUUCCUGGCCUAUCCUCCUGUGGUUGCUGGAGGGAAUCGUGCAAAUACUCUCCACUACAUCAACAACAACCAAAUUGUCAAGGAUGGCGAAAUGGUGCUUCUUGAUGGCGGCUGUGAAUAUUUUGGUUAUGUCAGUGAUGUGACCCGAACAUGGCCAGUAAAUGGGAAAUUUAGCGUUCCCCAGGCGGAACUUUAUGAAGCCGUACUGGAGGUCCAGCUUGGUUGUUUAUCUCUUUGCUCCCCGGGUGUCAGUCUUGAUCACAUUUACAGUACCAUGCUAGGACUGUUAGCAAGACAGCUCAAACGUCUCGGCAUCGUCAAGGCCGAGACCAGCGACGCUGAUGUACUAAAGGCUGCUAGGCGGUACUGCCCCCAUCAUGUUGGACAUUAUAUAGGCAUGGAUGUCCAUGACACUCCAGAACUGUCACGCUCACAACCUCUACAGUCUGGAAUGACCAUCACCAUAGAGCCAGGGUUGUAUAUUGGUGAGGAAAAUGAGGAGGCCCCAGAAUGUUUCCGCGGCUUGGGUCUCAGGAUCGAGGAUGAUGUGCUGAUUCGGGACAAGGGGGGGCCCUUGAUUCUAUCCUCUGAUGCGCCAAAGACCAUUGCUGAUGUAGAGUUUGCCUGUGCCCAAAGACAAGAAGAUUCUCGUCGGGGAGAGGCUCCCAUUUCAAGGUUCCGUCGAUUGCCACUUGUCGAAAACUUCCAAGUGACGUUUCCGGAGAAUCCCGACCAAAUCCGAAGGCUUCCUCCCACCAUCCUCCCCUUCACGCCUAAUGUUGCCGUACCUCCAUCCCUCCCCCCCGCAUCAGAGGAGUAGAAACAA